AUGUCAUCAGACCAGCAGGUGUGGCACAGGGCCGUGCCACCCCCCGGCUGGAGAAGCCCUACAGCCACGGUGCCCAGGAGCCCCCACUCAGCCAGCAACCCCAGGUCCCCCGGCACCCCCAGCUCCGAGAAGGUGGCCUCCCCAUUGGAGUGCUCCAUCUGCUUCUCUGGAUAUGACAACAUCUUCAAGACGCCCAAGGAGCUCUCCUGCACCCAUGUCUUCUGCCUGGAGUGCCUGGCGCGGCUGGCGGCUGCCCAACCCAUGGGCCGCCCUAGCAGGGAGGCUGUGCCCUGCCCAUUCUGCCGACAGCCCACAGCCAUCCCCUCCGACGGGGCCCCUGCACUUCGCACCAGCCGAGAACUGCUGGCCAAGAUGCCAGCCCACCUGCGGCGGGAGGAGCCCGUGUGGCUGGAGGGCACCAAGCUCUGCUGCCGCCCACCGCCCUCCUCGUCAGGCCAUACCUCGCCCACCUUCGUGUGCGUGGAUGUAGGCCUGAGCAAGCCAGCUGAGCCUGUGCCACCCUCGUCCCCUCCAGAGCCCUCGCGCCCCCAGGGCCGCCUGGCUCGCUGCUGGGCGCGCUGUGGGGACUGGAGGCGCUUGGCCCUGGUCUCAGCGCUGCUGCUAGUGCUCUUCUGUGUAGUGCUCUGGCCCGUGCACUGCGCACUCAAGACUGGGAAGCUGCGAUGCUUCCCCCGGCCCUCUGCAGCCACCGCCACCACCACAGCCACCGUGCUCCCCCUUGGGUCCCUGGCUGACAACCUAGGACUGCUGGUGGCCCCACCUAUGCCACGAUGA